AUGAUGCACUCCCAAAGCAAGAGACAGCAGCCGCUAUUCCAUCUAGAGGAAGAUUUUGACAAUCCACGAAGGUCAAGUGUGGGGAAGAAACCUCCCUCAAUAAUAACCUCUUCUUCGAAGCUAAAUCCACUGCUAUCGAGAACAGCUUCCAAUCAAACAGACUUCACAAACAUCAAUAGUGUUUUACAGUUCCCCAUCGAAAACUCCCACUCCUAUUCAUAUGCGCAUUUGUCGCCCAACUCCUUAGCUCUCCGGCUCAAUGUUUUGAAAAGGUCUUUGGAAAUUUUGAAGGAGAGGCCAAAAUGGUUUAGGGCCAUGAAUCAUGAGGCCCCAAACAACAGUGACGAGGAAGAUGGCGCGUCAGAACUCACUGUUCCGGACGAUAGGAAAGGAGAGAAUGGUUUCCGUUCUCUGUCUGCCCGUAAGAUUUACCAUGACGCUUCUAGGAACGCAAGCGGUGAAAGCAUACUACUUCACUCCGAUCGUCAUCUUCAUCCUGACCGUUGUAAUAUACGUUCAGAUGCUUCUUCUGCCGCAUUAUCGGCGCUUUUCAGGCCCAAGAUGUCGCGAGCAGAUAGCUUACCCAUCUCGAGAUUAAGUUCUGCUGGACUGAUCAGGCAGGAGAGGUCCCCCAUCAACAAUAAAUAUUCGUCCUGGAAACAAGAAGAGGCGAAAAUACUCAAAGAGAUUUCUUCACCUAGUGACACAAUGUUGAGUGACGACCUCAAAGAUCUCAUUCUGCUUCUUGAAAACGAUACAUCAGAACUUGACAAUAACACAGAGAUAGCAUCGACACUUCACGACUUGUCCCUUUCGUCAGGGGAACAUGACUUGAAGACAAAGCAAAAUAUGUUGAAGUCAAAACUUCUCCUCGCCUUGGCUACUCCUUUUGUCGAAUCUGCCUCCCUGACCACUUCGCUUUUGAGCUCAAACACCCCCGACACGGCGGCACUGUCUGCACCUAUACCUACUGCAUCUACUACAUCAUUGAACUUGUUAAACAGCAUCAAUCUGCCCCAGACCUCUUCAGCAGGAAGCCGACCAUUUCAUGUUCUCUCACUGGGGAAACAUUCUUCACCGCAAUCCGUUUUCACGGUGGAGGACACCAAUCCGUGGAAGUUGAAGGCCGCAAAUGAUUUGGCUUGCUUGAUGUUUGGUGUACUGAAAAGUAUGAUCAAGAACCUCACAUUGAUGGAUCUUAUUGCACCACAAUUCAGGUACUUCGUUACAGAAAAAUUGACCAAAGCAAUGACCACCUCUGUAGAAAAUGAGGGUUUCACCAAGCUGUCUAUCAUCUUUGCUGGAGAAAUAAUUGCCAUAUCGCGUCAAGCGGAUCAUGAUUUUGCUUGGACAUCCAUGUGGGCAAAAAAGAGAGGAAACUUGAUAAUCUGCAUGUUUGAGCAAAUUCCGUGUGAUGCUUUCGACAUCGUGGUUCUGUGUGAUAAAAGUUCAUAUCCACAGGCUCACUAUGGGCUAAUGUCAGUGCAAGAAAUAGCAGGAAAGCUCGUCAAUCCUCAUUGGCAUGACCUGGAGAAAUCUUUGAAGGAUAUUUCAGAAACUUUAGAUCAGGAACUUGCGUCUCUGGCUGCUAGCCACGAACGCGAAACUGAUGACUGUGAUUAUCGAGACAGUAAUAAAAUCAACAGAAUUCGAUACUUCACUUUACAAGUCCGAGAUGACAAUAUCCCUUGUGCUGUCACAUCUUAUCCGCUUGAGAUUGAUGAUAACAAAUACGAGAUCAAGCUCAAGGUCCAUUCCAUGCCUUACAUAGCAGGUAUGUUUGUUGUCAGGUUUGGUGACUACGAGAUACUCUCUAGCAACAACGCAAUUGCAAACAAUUUAUUUGGAAAGUCAUCAGAGGAGAUUUUAAAUCACAGCAUAGAUGAAAUUAUUCCGGAUUUUUCAAAAAUUCUCAAUGCUGGUUUAAGAGACCAAGCUGAGCCCAUCAGUAUUGUCCCUGGUUUAGUCCUUCCCGAACAUUUCUUCAGAAAAUAUGAUGCCGUACUAAAACACAGAUCAAAGGGGGAGUUGACUAUGGAAGAGCUCUUUUUCAAGUCUAAAGGUAUUGCCGGCGUCCACAGAGAUGGAAAGAAACUCUGCAUAGACGUUCAACUUCGUGUCAUUCUGAAUGAUGUGUUUGUUUUGUGGGUAACCUACUCAAGGCAUUCCAAAGACAUCGCAAGUGAACUCGACAAACUCACAAGAAGUACUUCUUCGAAGUCGUUGAGUAGUAGUCCUAAGCAAAGAAGUAAUUCGGAUGUUUUGAACAACGAUUUACCAUCUCAACUUCGUCUCUUUCCGGAGAACGAAAAUGAUCUCAUUGAACUUGGGUCCACAAGUCUGGAAAUUAGUCGUGCCAACAGUACGAGAAGACCAAAAAAGGCGAGUACGUUUUCAAUACCUGUAACUUACAUGGAUCACAACUAUGAACGCAGCACGCUGGAGCGGAGUAAUCUAUACGCCUACCGCGCCGCAUCAACGGGGAAAAGCCAGGGCUCGGAGUCAAGUAAUGAUAGAGAUAGAAUUGAUGGUGUUGACUCAGAACCGUCGUCAUAUACCGAAACGUCUACGGACCAGCGUUGUCAUCAUUUUACCGAGGAGGAGUUGUUGAGGAUUGAAAAUGAUGUUUUGAGUCAAAAGAUGAAGCUUUCCAAAGAAUGGCCGAAAGCCGUGGGUGCAAAGCGCCGCACUAAGAAAUUUGAUGAGUUUAAGGUUUUGAAGAAGCUCGGUGAAGGUGCCUAUGGGAAGGUUGUUCUUGCUGAGCACAAAGAAGAUCAUGCUUAUCAAAUCAUUAUCAAGUGUAUCGACAAGCAAAGAAUUUUGGUCGACACAUGGGUUAGAGAUCGCCAAUUAGGCACAAUUCCGUCCGAAAUUCAAGUUAUGGCCACACUUAACAACGAGCCACAUCCAAACAUAAUGCGAAUCAUUGACUACUUUGAAGAUCCCAACUAUUACUACUUGGAGACGCCAAUUUUUGGAGACCCUCCUGCGAUAGAUCUCUUUGACUACAUCGAGGUCAAAAAAGACAUGAGCGAAAUUGAAUGUCAAUAUAUUUUUACGCAGAUCGUCAAUGCCAUUUACCAUCUACAUAAGAACGGCAUUGUUCAUAGAGACAUUAAGGACGAAAAUGUCAUCGUCGAUGAGCGAGGCAUCAUCAAAUUGAUAGAUUUUGGUAGCGCUGGCUACGUGAGACUGGGGCCAUUUGAUGUUUUUGUGGGUACCAUUGACUACGCUUCACCCGAGGUGUUGAGAGGUGAAAAGUACGAGGGAAAACCACAAGAUAUUUGGGCAUUGGGAAUCUUGCUCUACACCAUGAUUUAUAAGGAGAAUCCCUUCUACAACGUCGAUGAGAUUAUGGAAGGCGACUUGCGCGUCCCAUAUGUGCUUAGCGACGCAUCAUUGGCUCUUAUCAAAAAAAUCUUAGUGAGAGACAUAAACUUGCGCCCAACCAUCACAGACAUUAUUGAAGAUAAGUGGCUUGAUAUUUGA